UGAAUAUCCGAAUAAUAUCGAUUAACGCCAAUAGCCGCCGCAGGUUAAUUCGAAGAUUUCCUUAGGCAGGCGAGGCUUUGCUCUAAUCGGCAAAGGAAAGGAAAUCACAAUCUCUUCAAGAAGCAAACCUUACCCUCCUCUUGCGCUUCACAUAGCACAUAACAUAUCACAAUUCCCAAUUUCUCCCUCCUUUUGCUCUCACAAAUUAAGUCGCGCCCUCCGUUGCUGAAGGAAACGAAAAAACCCCAAAACCCUAACCCUUGGUUCGCUCCAGCAGCCGUAACAGCAACGAAUGGCUAGCGACACCGAUACUUCUCGUUACAAGCAUCACCGCUUGCCCUCUGACGAUGAGGCGGAGAAGUCCUCGAAGCGACACAAACACCGACACCACCGUCGCCAUCACCGUUCUCACCGAAGCAAGACGCGCGGGGAGGAAAGCAAACAUGGUGGUGAUGAAAAUGCUCCUUCUUCUCCUCCGGUGAAUCAUAUUGCUGCUAAUAAUAAUAAGCAUGAUGAUGACGUUGAGGAGGGUGAGAUUUUGGAGGAAGAGGGUUCUGGUGGUGUCAGUGUAAAGGCCAUCGAAUUACUCGAGGAAAAAAUGGGUUCCCAAAAUCUGGGAGUUCAUGCUGACAAUAGUGACAGUGGUUUAACUAAUUUUAACAAUGCUAAUAAGGUACACAGGAAGGUUAGUUUGUCCAAAGAUCCUAGGUCUCAGGCUCGAGAUGGAUUAGUUCCUAGAGAUGAGCUUGAUGUUCAUGCCAAUGGAGAUUUGGGGCCUGAACAUCGUAAAUCAGGCAAGAAACAACAUGGGGAAUUGGGCUGUUCUAAAGGAAGCCACAAGCGAAAGAGUUACCAUGAUGUUGAUACACCUGAGGGUGAUGAAAGUAAAUUAAGCGAUUGGGGGAAAUCAGCAUCUUCUGAAAGUGGGGGGGAUAAAUACAAGACUGUGAAAGGCUCUGCAUCUCAUGAUAGGUACUAUGAUGAGGUUGUUGCUAGGAGUAGAUCAUUGUCAUGUGAUUUUGCUAGGGAGCGAUCUCAUUCUCAUAGCAUAGUAGAAGAGGAUGUUCUUUCAAAGAAAGGGCGACACAAUGGAAGGGCUGAGAAUGAUUCUGAUGAUGAAAGAAUGUCUCGACGUGAUAGAGGUCUACAGCAUGGUAGUAAAGAUUUGGAGAGGGAGCACAGUACCAGUUACAACAGAAGGCUAGGAGGUGGGGACAAGCAUAGCAGCAGGGAUGCAUGUGGCAGAGAGGUGAACAGGGAGAAGGAGACAGACUGGGAACGGGGAAGGGAUCUGGAAGGAGAGAGCAGCAGGGACAGGGAUCAGAGAAGAGAGAGAGUUCGAGAGAGGAGCAGGGACGUGGAUCUGAGAAGAGAGAAGGAGCGAGAGAGAAACGGGGACAAGGUUCUGGGAAGAGAGAAGGAACAAGAGAGAAGCACAGGCAGGGAGAGUGAUAUGAGAAGAGAGAAGGAACGAGAGAGGAGUAGGGAGAGGGAUGUAAGAAGAGAGGAGGAACAGGAGAGGAGCAGGGACAUGGAUGUGAGAAGAGAAAAGGAACGGGAGAGGAGCAGGGACAGGGAUGUGAGAAGAGAAAAGGAACGGGAGAGGAGCAGGGACAGGGAUGUGAGAAGAGAAAAGGAACGGGAGAGGAGCAGGGACAGGGAUGUGAGAAGAGAAAAGGAAAGAGAGAGGAGCAGGGACAGAGAGAUGGACAGGGAUUGGAGAAGAGAGCAGCAACAAGAGAGGAACUUGGAAAGGGAGGUGGAGAGGGAUAGGAGGAGGGAGAAGGAAUGGGACAGGAGCGGGGACAUGGAGGAGGAGCUGGAUAGGAAAAGGCAGAAAGAAAAAGAUAAAAGAAAAGAUAAAGAUGUGACUAGGUCUAGUGAUAGUCACAGAGAUCAGGAAAGGAAAAGGGAGAGGGAGAAGGACAGGGAUAGGUAUAGGGAGAGGGACAGAGUUAGGGACCAAGAUUGGGAGAGUCAAAGGGAUAGGGACAGGCGAAGUAAUAGAAAUAGGGACAAAGCCAGGGACAAUAAGAGUGAUUCGACAAAGGUAUACUCUCAUGGUGAUACUUUAGAAGGAGACAGAGACAAACUCAAAAGAGAUGAAGAUGAACAGGAUGAUUUUGAAGAAAGGAUUAAUUUAAAACUAGCUGAACAGGAGGAAGAUCUUGAAAGGAUUAAGGAGGAGAGUAGAAAAUGCAGGCAAGCCAUUCUUGAAAAAUUUAGGAAUCAGCAGUCACAGCAGCAAAAUGAGACUCAAUCAGAGGAUGCGGAAAAAGAUGUUGAUGAACCUGCACAACUUCCUGUCCAAUCACUACCAGCUUAUAAUGUUGCUCCAGAAACUCUUGAUAAUAGGAUUGAUGGUGAUGUCUUUUUGGCUGAGCCACCAUUUUCUGUGGGCAAGUCACCUGAACAAAAUGAAACAAAGGAUUCUGGGAGGACUUCUGGUGCCGUGGGGCUUGGAGAAGGUACUCCCAAGAGCGAGAGGUCAGAUGAAAAAUACUGUGAUGACAUAUUUGGAGAGACACCUGCUGGAGUUCGUAAAUCAGGGAAGGGAGAUGGUUUGCCAAUUAUGCGGAGUGGUCUUCAUGACAACUGGGAUGACUCUGAUGGGUAUUAUGGUUACCAAUUUGGUGAAAUACUUGAUGGUCGGUAUGAAAUUGUGGCUGCUCAUGGGAAAGGCGUCUUUUCCACAGUAGUUCGUGCAAAGGAUUUAAAGGCCAAUGUUGGUGAACCUGAAGAAGUGGCUAUAAAAAUCAUUCGUAACAAUGAAACAAUGCAAAGAGCUGGUCAGUCAGAGGUUAAGAUAUUAAAUAAACUAGCAGAUCUAGAUCAGGAGAACAAGCGCCAUUGUGUUCGUUUCCUUUCAAGUUUUAAGUAUAGAAAUCAUCUUUGUUUAGUUUUUGAAUCUCUUCAUAUGAACCUUCGUGAGGUCUUAAAAAAGUUUGGUCGUAAUAUUGGCCUUAAACUAACUGCUGUGAGAGCAUAUGCAAAGCAGCUUUUUAUUGCGCUGAAGCAUCUCAAGAACUGUGGGGUUCUUCAUUGUGAUAUAAAGCCUGAUAACAUGCUGGUAAACGAGGCAAAAAAUGUGCUGAAGCUUUGUGAUUUUGGUAAUGCCAUGUUUUCUGGUAAAAAUGAAAUUACUCCAUACCUUGUGAGCCGCUUUUAUCGUGCUCCGGAAGUCAUUCUUGGCUUGCCAUAUGAUCAUCCAAUGGAUAUGUGGUCUGUUGGUUGCUGUUUGUAUGAGCUUUAUACUGGGAAAGUUCUUUUUCCUGGUCCUACAAAUAAUGACAUGUUGCGGCUUCACAUGGAACUGAAGGGCCCUUUUCCAAAGAAGAUGCUUAAGAAGGGUGCUUUUGUUGACCAGCAUUUUGACCAGGACUUGAAUUUUCAUGCUACAGAGGAGGAUCUUGUUACUAAAAAGACUGUAAAGAGGAUGAUUCUAAAUAUAAAGCCAAAAGAUAUUGGAACAAUUGUUACUAGUUCUCCUGGUGAGGAUCCAAAGAUGUUAGCCAAUUUUAGAGAUCUUCUAGAUAAAAUUUUUGUAUUGGAUCCAGAGAAGAGGAUGACAGUUCAUCAAGCACAGCUUCAUCCAUUCAUCAUGGGCAAGUGAACCAUGUUGCUGAUUUUCUGACACCAGAAUUGCUGUUGCGCUAGAUAUUAAUACAUUAUGACUUCAUAUUCAGUUAUCUAAUCAUUGGGCAUUAUGUCUUUGUCCUCUAUUUUCCUAUGAGCUUUGGACAGUUAUAGCCGUCGUUGAAUUCAGAAGUGGUGAUGUUUGGUCAGGAGUACUCUUAACCGGCGGUUCUUUCAGGGGAAUGUACUGUUUCUAUUGAUAUCGCCCCUUGCUUUGAGGCAACCCUCCAGUGCUUAAAUGCAUAAAAGGCACCCAGGAGAAGGUACCUUUGUUAGUUUACUGGGAGCUUAUGAAAACACCUAAAAUACUUAUUAUUUUUCAAAAUAUUUGCGCAUUAAUAGAAUUUUACGAGUUAAAUUCAUGUGAAUUUCUUUCUAUGUGCUAAAGAAUAGUUUCUUAUACUGCUUUUUACGUGUUUGGGUAAGUUUCCUUGAGAAUGGUUCCUUGGAUUUUGUGCACAUGGGAGCUACAUAUUAUUUGCUAUGUAUUGUGCCAUGUGGUUGUGCUUUGAAAAGGAAAUAUCCUAGCACAUGUACACUCUUAACUAUAAAUUUAAAAGGUACCAUUAGCAGAGUUGACCUUCCUUUUGCUCUACUCAAUUGUGUGUGAAUGAGUUAUGUGUUAAGAUGUCUUUAGUGGUGUAUAUUCCUAUUUCUCUAUGGUUGAGUUCAAUAAACAAGUAGUUUGUUUUCUAUGCUAUAGUUGAUAUUGUCUUAUCUUCUCAUAUAUCUAUGUGCUAAUGAUUUUCUAUGCAUCUGAUCCAUGGACUAUCAUUUUGGAGGCAAAUGCUACUGACAUGCGUUGCUUCAACAUUAAAGCGAAAAGCAUCGGGCAUUGUAGUCCAUCCCUUUGCAACUCUUGUAAGUUUCUGGAAUCCUUUUAUGGGUUACAUUAAAUGAGCUUUCUGCUGCAUGAUAUGAUCUGCCCAUCCUGGGCCGCGCCCCGCCCCUGCAACACCACCCCCCCCCCCCCCCUGGCCUAAUCUCAUGUCGCCAUAGUAUUGUGAAAACACUGCAUGAGGUUCAUAGAUCAUAUCUUUUACAUAUCAUAUUGUUUUUGUCAGCUGUGUCUAUGUGACAGAAACAAGGGAUAUCACUAAACACUUGUAUCAUGAAGCAUAAGCUUGGUUGAUGAGAUGUUAUUCUUUAGCCUGGAAAAAUGUGCUUGAAGAACUGAAACAAAUCAUUAGAAUUUCUUAGAAAUCAAGAGACUACUUGAUGUUAAUCGAGUGUUUGUUGCUGAAACUUGUUUUGUUGACUGGAUGGUCCUGUAAUUUCUGAAGGCUUGCGAUCAGUUUUUCUAUCCCCAAUGCUUUUGAUCAGUGUUCAACCCCCCUUGGGCAGACCAUCUUGUCAAAUUUUAUUAACUCUCAAAAAUAAUAUUGUAAUAAACCAUCUAAUAAUAUACUUAGAAUACAUAGGUAUUUAUUGUUUAUCAACUAGUCUUAUUAGUAACUAACUUAAAUUCUCAAAUUUUAUUAAUUCUCAAUAAUAAGAUCAGAAUAAACUCCCUCUAAUAAAAUACCUAGAAGACAGACAUACAUGGGCAUAUAAUUUAUUAACUAGUCUGAUUAAUAACAAAUUAGGAAUACUAAACAAACUCAAACUGGAGAAAUGGUAAACUUAAUAAUAAUAAUAAUAAUAAUAAUAAUAAUAACAGAAUUCCUGAAUUUCACAAUGAAAAUUUGAAUCUUCCUUGAUUUCCUUGACUGCAUCAGUGUGUGUCAUAUGUGGCUGCCAAAUUAUAUUCUUAAUGUAAUUAAAAGAAUAUGAUUACAGUUGUUAAAUGCGUCAGAACAGGUGUUCCUUUCAUUGUUGGGGCUUACAAACGCUUACAAAUUUAAGUUGUUAAAGCAAUCAAUUUGGCUUUAUUGUCGCAGCUUGUUGAGUCAGCUUAUCAGGUUUAUUUUGUAUCAUGUCUUUGUAUGUUGUUCAAUUUUGUUUUGUAAUCACCCUUUUUGUCAUUGUUGCCACUUGUCAAGUCCUAGGUCAAUUUUUUAGUAUCUAUAAAUUGAUCAGUUAUGUUAUUUUUGUUUUGUGAACACCUGCGUUAUUAAUGUCGCUACUUGUCAAGCCCAGCUCAUUCUGGUUUAUUUUGUAGCUUCUCUGUAAAUUGAUCAAUAUUGUUUUGCAAUCACCCACUGUAAGUGUUAAUCGAGUAUGAUUUUGUCUUGAUGUUCCUUUAAAUUAUUUUUAAGCAAGAGUGAUAAAUUUCUUGAUGUUUUUAUCUACCAUCGUUCCACUAGGGGAAUUUGGAUUAUGUAUGAUACAUUUUGAAAUGUGAGUUCUUGAUGAUAAAUAUUUACGUAUUUGUCCUUUGUCUCAUUUGAUAUGAUUAUGGAAAAUCGUGGCUGGGUGAUGUUGUACACUUGUACUGUGAUUGAUUGAUGAGUAACUUUUCUUUCUAGUCAGGGAAACGGUGCAGCGGUUGGGCAUUGAUCCCUUGAACUUAUAAAAUGGUUUCCUUAGUUUUCAUUUAGUGAAGAGUUUCUAGUCUUGUGGAUGCCAUGUAACAAAGAAAUUCUCUUUGCUCUACCUUGACAAGUUGCAAAUGUUGUUGAACUGUGUUGAAAUCAGUGGAAAUAUUUUAGGCAAAACUAUGUACAACUUGUUAGGAUGUCUUCUGAGAGCUCUCCACUGUUUGGGGAUGUAGGAGGUAGGUGGUGUGUGCCUGUGGGAAAUAGAGGGCAUUCUAUGUGGUUGGACCCUGCUUACCAGCUUUUCCAAUGAAAUAUUACCAGUUUAGCUGUA